AACCAUAGAUGCCGGAGGGACAACCCUCCGCCUCUGACGUCAGAGAGAGAGAAAGAAAGCGAGAGGACCUCAAAAUAAACUCAGUCAAACUUCAUUUCGUGUGGCUACAGCAGAGAAAAUGAACCGCUUGACCAUGAUUUGAUAAUACAUCGGCGGAUACACUUUAUUUGUCAUUAGUUGUGUGCUUCUUUAGUGACAUUUAAGGCGCUUUCAGAUCAGACAGGAUGGGAUUAAAAAAAAGGUGAUCUCCCGAAAUGGUUCCCGAAAUACCGAUGUUCAUACCGUUCUGUUUCAACGGAAGACACGCGAUAUUCAGAAAUAACAAGGACCGCGGUUGUUUCUGAAAAACAGCGUUGUGGAUUUUUAUCGGUAUUUCGGUCAACUCGUUUUUGUUCUGAUGCCCGCUGCGCCGGAAUGCAAACGGUCCCAUCAUGGCCGGAUCAUGAAAUGCGUUACUUUUCUACUCCUGCUCCCCGAAACGCUUAAAAAGUUGAAAAGCGCAAGCAAGCACUCGGGAAGACUGCCCGUGUGCUAUAACGUCUUAACUAUUUCCCUCAAGGAAAGGAUGGCGGGGGAACUGUACCCCGUGAACGAUCAUGCAUCGGUGCAGAAGAACGGGACCGUGAUGCUUAGCCUGUCCGAGAAAAAGAGGAACGUGGAGCCAGUUGCGCAGACCACCACGACCAUCGCCACGACACCGACGGCAGAGCAAAAUAUCAACAACAACAAUGUGGAGAUCUCCACCUGGCAGUCCCUGCAUCCGACAUUACGCGAAAGAAAUGCGCUCAUGUUCAAUAACGAACACAUGGCAGACGUUCAUUUCAUUGUUGGUCCACCCGGAGAGUCGGAGAGGGUUCCGGCACACAAGUAUGUUCUGGCGGUCGGGAGCUCCGUUUUCUGUGCCAUGUUUUAUGGGGAUCUCGCAGAAGGGGACUCUGAUAUCCAUAUUCCAGAUGUGGAGCCCGCUGCGUUUCUCAUCCUACUAAAAUACGUGUACAGUGAUGAGAUCGAACUGUCCGCCGACACAGUGUUGGCUACACUCUACGUUGCCAAGAAAUACCUGGUGUCUGCGCUGGCUCGAGCGUGUGUGGGCUUCCUUGAGACGAGUCUAGAGGCACGAAACGCAUGCGUGCUGCUGUCUCAGAGUCGGCUGUUCGAAGAGCCGGAUCUCACUCAGAGGUGUUGGGAAGUGAUCGAUGCCCAGGCAGAGCUUGCACUGCGUUCCGAGGGAUUGUCUGAGAUUGACCUACCCACACUGGAGAGCAUCCUACAAAGGGAGACGCUAAACGUGAAGGAGGCUAUAAUCUUCCAGGCGGUUCUAGGAUGGGCCGAUGCAGAAUGUCGAAGGCAAAGCUUGAGCCCCACGCUGCAAAACCAGCGAUCUGUGCUGGGAAAGGCGCUGCAUCUCGUGCGCCUGCCUUCCAUGACCUUACAGGAAUUUGCAGAUGGUGCAGCACAGUCAAACAUUUUAACCCUUGAAGAAACACACAGCAUCUUUCUCUGGUACACAGCUGCAACAAAGCCGUCGCUUGGAUUCCCAGUUACGCCCAGAAAGGGGCUGACACCGCAACACUGUCAUCGGUUUCAGUCCUCCGCCUACCGCAGCAACCAGUGGCGUUAUCGUGGACGCUGCGACAGCAUUCAGUUUGCAGUGGACAAACGUGUGUUCAUCGCUGGACUCGGACUGUAUGGAUCCAGCGGAGGGAAAGCUGAAUAUAGCGUUAGAAUUGAACUCAAGAGACAAGGAGUGCUUUUGGCUCAUAACCUGACCAAGUUUGUGUCCGACGGUUCUAGCUCAACGUUCCCUGUGUGGUUCGAGCACCCAGUACAGGUAGAGCAAGAUGCGUUCCACACCGUUAGCGUUGUUCUCGAUGGGAGCGAGUUGAGUUAUUUUGGACAGGAAGGGAUGACAGAAGUCCAGUGUGGGAAAGUCACCUUCCAGUUUCAAUGUUCCUCUGACAGUACCAAUGGAACUGGGGUCCAAGGGGGACAAAUUCCAGAGCUGAUAUUUUUUGCUUGAGUACUUUGAUCUGCUAAAGAAGAGACAGCGGGUAGAUUAUCGUCUGGAAUUAAUGCCUUUUCUCAUUAUGUAGCUGCAAGACAUAUCUGGUGGAGGAGGGAGGGUAUCCUUUGGUCAGACUUCAUUUAUGUUUCACACAUAAAGGAAUGCUCUUCAAUAUUAUUUAUUUGCUAAAAUUGUUUUAAAACAUUCAACUUCUAUUUAAUAUUAUUUUAUUUCUAAUUAUUCAUAAUCUGCCCAUGUUAAGAAUGGCCAUUUUGCACUUGAACCGAGGCAGCUUUAUCUGUCUUGUUAUUUAAAUGAUAUUUGUUAACAACUUGAUGUCAAGUGACAUAAAGAACACUGAAAACCAUAAAACAUUUCUCUUCUAUUCA